AUGGAGCUGGACAGCGUGGCCCGCGUCGUCAACGUGCACCUCCCCGCGUACCUGAAGCAGCUCCUGGUCCCCGAGAGCAGCUGCGCGUUCGCCCACUCACAGUUUCAGGAUGGCUUGGUGCUGCCCUUCCUCGGUGUACUUGCGCUGCUUCGUCCAUUCCUCCUCAAGAAAAACCAACAGAAAGACAGCUUGGAUCCCAACGUGGUGAAGGAAAGAAACACUGAAGAUCUGUGUCUUACCAAAGCAGCUUCUUGUAGGUGUCCGCGUUCCAGAACGUCUCCUGCUUGUGGUGGUUCACAUAAUAAACACAAUGAAUUGACAGGAGAUGGUGUGGGUCCGCUAAUCCUGCAGAUGAAAGAAGUAUAA